AUGAGCAAUAAGAAGCCUUUCUCUUCUCCUGCUAUCAGAGAAAUGGGAACACAAGCUCAUCCCACAGCUGCUAACUUAGACCAAAACCAUGAUCGUCCAUUGGCAAACUUCCCCCCUACUGUGUGGGGUUCUAACUUUGCUUCACUGUCCUUAUUCAACCAGGAAAUUGAAUCCUGUACCAAAAAGGUAGAAGAUCUAAAAGAAAAGGUGAAGGAAAAGCUGGCUGCGUCUAAAGAGAAUUUAGCGAAGAACAUAGGAUUCAUUGAUUUAUUAUGCCGACUUGGUGUAUCUUAUCAUUUUGAGAAAGAAAUUGAUGAACAGUCACAUCAUAUUUUUAAUGUCAUCCAUGAUGAUAUUGGUAAUAUUGACUACGAUAUCUACACAGUGGCGCUUCUAUUUCGAGUUUUAAGACAACAUGGGUUCCAAGUGCCUUGUAAUGUGUUUCAAAAAUUCAAGGACAGCGAAGGAAAAUUCAAAGAGGACAUAACAAAAGAUGUGAAAAGCAUUCUUAGCCUUUAUGAAGCUACAUUUGUGAGCAUGCGAGGAGAAGAUAUUCUAGAUGAAGCACUUGUUUUUGUAAGGCCACAUUUGGAGUGUUUUGCUACGCAGUCAAGCUCUAAUCUUGCGAAACACAUAAAGGAUGCUUUGAGUUUGCCCUUCCAUAGAGGCCUUCCAAGAGUAGAGGCUAGAAAGUACAUCUCUUUCUGCGAACAGGAGGAAUCCCAUGAUGAAACUUUACUUAAGUUUGCAAAGUUAGAUUAUAAUCGACUCCAAUUACUAUACAAACAAGAGUUAGGCAUUGUCUCCAGGUGGUGGAAAGAAAUAAAUAUUACGGAGAAACUUCCAUAUGCAAGAGAGAGAAUUGUAGAAGGAUAUUUUAUAGGAAUUGGAGUCCACUUUGAGCCACAGUUUGGUCUUUCACGUAUUCUUGUUGGAAAGUGUGUAGAGUUGCUGGCACUGGUGGAUGAUACAUAUGAUUCUUAUGUCAUCUCUCCACUCUACACUAGGUUUUUGAACGAGAUAUUUUUUUUUUUACUUGUAACUUCCAGGAGCAAUAUUAAUGCCAUUGAUGAGCUACCUACAGAUUAUUUGAAGAUUCUUUAUAAAGCAGUCUUGAUUUUCUUUGACGAGUGGGUGACUGACGAAAGAAAGGAAGGAGGAACCUUUUGUCUCAACUAUACCAAAGAGAAAUUCAAAGAAUUGGCAAGAUCCUAUCUUACAGAGACGAAGUGGUUUUACGAUCGACAUUUGCCAUCAUUCGACGAGUAUAUGCGUAACGCAUUAAUCUCAAGCACAUUUGCUUUAUUAUCAGCAGUGACCGCUGUUGGAAUGGGAAAACUUGCAGGUGUUAAAGAAUUUCAGUGGCUACAAAGUAAUCCCAGAAUUGUUGAUUCUUCCAAAUUCUUUGGCCGUUUGAUAAAUGACAUGGUAGCCCGCCAGGACGAACAAAAGGAAGGACAUUGUUUAGCUGGAGAUUGCUACAUGAGACAAUAUGGUGUUUCGAAAGAGAAGGCAAUGGAAGAGCUUCGAAAAAUAUGUGACAAUGCCUGGAAAGUUAUGAAUGAAGAAUUGAUGAAACCAAAUGAAGUGCCAAUGCCUCUUCUUAUGACUAAUAUAAACCUUGCUCGUGUAAUGGAAGUUGUUUAUCAGUGUGGAGACGCAUUUACCUACUCUUCAGGUCUGAAAGAUUACAUCAAAUUAGUGCUCCUCCAACCAAUUCCUGAAUGAAAAUCUGAUCCCCGUGUUUGAUUUUUGUUUCUUUGUUCCUAAAAAAAAACUUCUUUUUCAUUUCUAAUAAUGUAUUGGCCGAUCGGGUUGUCAUUAAAUUAAGUUAAGUUAAUUCAAUCUGGAAGAAUGGAAGUUCAAUUAGAGCCUGCAAGGAGAUGGAUUUCUUUGUGAUAAGUGUAUUGCAAAGUUUGCUAAUUAUGUGAUAAGUGUCAGUGUUAAGGA